UUGUUGCCUUGUAAUCUCCCUCCUCUUCAUUCUCCAUUCCUCACCAGAAGGAGGCAGCAGAGCAACCAACACAGGCUAACAAUAUUAUAACAAUUGAAAAAAACGAUGUCUCUGUCUCUGCCUCUGCCUUCUCGUUCUUCACAAAUUCGAACCCUUGCAAUAACCCCAGCAAGCAGAAAGCACAAGUUCUUGCACAUUCCAGUACAACAAUGGACACCAUCAAGACCACUUCAACACUUACACACAAAUCACCAAUAUUAUUUAUCAAGAACGUCCUUUCAAUGUAUGUCUCGAAGCCAACAACAAGAAUAUGAAGUUGAAAGGCUUUUUUCUAACCUUAACCAGGUCACCUUGAAGAGAGAACCUGGAAGUUUAUCUAGUGCAAUACUUCUGGUUGCUGGCACUACGAUAGGUGCUGGGAUCCUGGCAAUUCCUGCUGUGACUCAAGAAUCUGGAUUUUUGGCCUCUUCGGUUGCCUGCAUUCUUUGCUGGAUCUUUAUGGUUACUACGGGAUUGCUCAUUGCUGAAGUAAAUGUGAACACAAUGUGUGAAUUGGGUUCAGGUGGUGUGUCUUUGGUGUCAAUGGCCAAGAGGACACUUGGGGUGGCAGGAGUUCAAUUUUCUUGUUGGUCAUACAUAUUCAUCCAUUAUGCCCUUCUCAUUGCUUAUGUGGCUCGCUCUUCAGAUAUUUUGACGAACUUUCUCGGCAUUCCAUUAUGGGAAAGUGCAACCUUAUUCUCUCUAGUGUUUGGAGGCAUAUGCUACUUUGGAAGCCAGCGCUUCAUUGGAGCAGUCAAUGGAGUUCUAGUAUUUGGAAUCAUCAUUUCUUUUACAUCUCUUGUGGUGGCUGCAAGUGGAGACCUGCAUUUAGACGCUCUUUUGAAAGCCAACUUUUCAGCUGUUCCUAUGAGUAUACCCAUAAUUGCACUUUCAUUUGUUUAUCAGAAUGUAGUACCCGUUCUUUGCACAAAUCUUGAAGGAAACCUAUCAAAAGUAAGGACUGCCAUUGUUCUAGGCACAGCUAUUCCCCUUGGUUUGUUUCUUGUAUGGGAUGGUGUAAUUCUUGGAUCCAUUUCAACCCCUGAGAUGGCUGAUAAGAUUGCUGAUCCAUUACAACAGCUGCUAUCUACCAAUGGAGUUGUGGGACCCAUAAUACAAGCCUUCUCAUUACUUGCAAUUGGAACAUCUUAUAUUGGAUUCGUUUUGGGACUUUCCGACUUCCUCGCUGACUUUCUAAAGCUCCCAGCAGGUGAGAACAAGCCUCUGCCCUACAUCUUGACUUUGAUUCCACCACUGGUGUUAGCAUUGCUGGACCCUGAAAUUUUCUUCAAGGCCCUGGACUUUGCAGGGACAUAUGGAGGUAGUCUAAACCUCUAGCAGCACCCAUUGCUACCUUCAUCCUUUCUGUCCAUGUCAAAGGAUCCCAGUAGCAUGAGCACAUUGUCAUGUCUAGCUUUCUUGAGCAGAUGGACUGCUGAUUUGAAAUUCAUCUCUCCUUGAUGGCUUGAAGAUUUGUGUUGCUUGACGACAAUUUUCAGAUUAUUACUUAGCUUACCCCUGCAAGCAGUACCAAUUCCACCUUCAUAUAUAGUGUUCUUUGCUGAAAAAUCAUCUGUAGCAGCUUGAAGUUCUUCAAACGUGAAGUCCCUUAUCCAUCCACUAUGCGGUCGCCUAAUCUUGCAAAGGUUACAUAUUGAAUUUUGAAAUAUCACUUCAGGUUGCCAUUCUUCCACCACCACUUCAUCUCCGCCGCUGCUCCGUGUUAGUGCUUCAACCUGGCUUGGUUGAAUGACUUCUGUUUGCCCUAUCAAUGAAUCAUUAUAAAUAUUCUUGUCUUAGAAAAUAUUUGUUUGAGAACUGUAUCCAAGACAUCAAAAGUGUACUGUAAACGCAACAAAUUUUGGUCGGAAAAGUAUAAGAAUUUAUGCAAAUGCGAACCAAACUGUGAAUGCAUAUGCAUAGACCUACAAACUUACUUGGAGGGAGAAGUUCAAUGCUGAAAAACUCUUGCUCCUCUAGGGAUCCGGGAAUUAUUUCAUCAUAAGAUAGA